AUGCCGGACAGAUCGGAAGCAGACGACUUCUUUGGCAUCGAAUAUAUGAUGUCGCAAACUCCAAAAGUUGGGAAUAAGGAAGAGCAAGUUGAGACAAUAAAAGAUGACUCGAAACCGAAGAAAUCUUUUCGUAUCAGGAGCGAUGUGAGUGAUAUGGGAAAGGACGUUAGUCAACUUUCGGGGACGGAAUUUUUGGAUCGAGCAUUUUUCCCGCAGCUUGAACUUGACCCUGAAGCAUCAGAGAAGAAUCACAAUGAACAGUCGAAAAACUUUAUCGAAGAACAGUUCUUCAGAAGAAUUGACUCCGCUGAUGUCGCUGAAGUUAGCACGACGUCUGAAUCAGAACAGUCGAUUGAACUCGACCAUCACGUAGAAAAGCCCCGUCCAAAACACGCUAAGUUCUCACAGAGACGGCGAGUGAGCCCUACCCCUCAAGAAGGCGAUCCGAGGAGGGUAGAAGUUGAACAAGACUCGUUUGAAAGAAGUUCUGAUGAGUCACCUGGAGAAUCCGGUUUAAACAAAAUACGUGCCGACAUCAUCCCAGUGUGGCGAAUGAAUGAAAAUGAAUUGGUGGAACUGAUGAUAGACAGAGUUCUAUACAAAGACGAUGAUAUUGUUGCGCUCGAUAAACCAUACGGCAUGGCCUAUUCCGGAGCUUCUCAAAAUGCUCCUCAAUUGGAUAGAUUGUUGCAGAAGAUUAAGGCUGAAAUUGUACCAAAAUGCGAGCGCUUGUAUUUAGUGAGAUCGUUGGACAAGUUUCAGUCCGGCAUUGUUCUGUUUGCCACCUUCAUCUCAAAUAAACCUUCGUUCCAUUCCAGUAACGCUUCUAUGCAGUCAGCUAUGAAAAAGAAUUUUGAAGGAGGUAUGGUGGAACAAAUAAGCAGAUGUAUUGUUCGUGGUGAAUUAGAAGACUCUCCCCUCAAGAUCACUAUUCCUCUAAUAAAAACAGUGAAGAAUAGGGAUAUGAAGCUUGUACCUUUGGUGACGAACAAGGCGAAAGGUGAGAUCUUCUACGUGCACUCUGAAUGCCGCACUAUUAAGGGAAAUCAGUACGUUUCAAGUGUGGAGGUUCGAACCCACAGAGAGAUUCCACAUCAGAUCCGUGCUCACCUUGCGUUGGCUGGGUGUCCUUUGAUUGGUGACUCAAAGUACAGCAACUCUUCGCCGCGGCCUCCACGCUUAUCACAUCAUGUUCUUGGCUCGCUCAAUGUCACCGAUUCACAGUCUCGCAAGAUUCCAAUGUAUCUUCAUCUGAGAGAGGUACGUAAUUUCAAUACAGGAUUUGGAUUGAUCUUCUUUUUUUUUUAUUUGGUUGAUUGCCUUGGGCAGUUGUGA